GCUCUUUUCAAAGUCGGACCAUCCGCGUUUAUUUAACGCCAUAAAUAUAUAUAUAUAUAUAUAGACGAAUACAUCGUAUGUACUUCUGCUUCUAGAUUUCUCUGUCUGGGUCUCAUAUUUCAAAAUCUGGAUCCACCGCUCUCGAAUCAAUCUCCAAACCUUUUAUAUUUCUCCUCUCUCUCUAGAUUUUCUCCUUCUGUAUCUGUGAACUGCGAAUAACAAUGAGGAAAGGAGCAAAGAGGAAGGCGAGCCAGAAGGAAGGAGCAAAGCCCGAGCAUGAGAGCCACCGGGAGGAGUCCAAGAAAACAACUUCUCAAGCUAAGCGGGUCAAGGCCUCCAAGCCUGAAUCCGAGCCUGAAUACAUCGAGGACAAACGCAACUUGGAAGACUUAUGGAAGGAAGCAUUCCCUGUUGGGACAGAGUGGGAUCAAUUGGACUCAGUCUACCAAGUCAACUGGAACUUCUCAAAUUUAGAAGAUGCCUUUGAAGAAGGGGGAAAGCUACAUGGGAAGAAAGCUUAUCUCUUUGGCUGUACAGAACCUCAAUUGGUCUCUUUCAAGGGCGAAAGCAAAGUUAUCUGCAUACCUGUUGUAGUGGCUGUUGUAUCUCCCUUCCCUCCUUCUGAUAAGAUUGGGAUUAACUCUGUUCAGAGAGAAUCUGAGGAAAUUAUUCCCAUGAAACAAAUGAAAAUGGACUGGGUUCCUUAUAUUCCUCUUGAGAAUAGAGGCAGCCAAGUUGAUAAACUGCACUCUGAAAUAUUUAUAUUGAGCUGCACUCAAAGAAGGGCUGCUUUGAAACACUUGAAGAUAGACCGUGUCAAGAAAUAUGAAUACUGUUUACCGUAUUUCUACCAGCCCUUCAAGGAAGAUGAGCUGGAGCAAAGCACUGAGGUUCAAAUAAUUUUUCCGGGAGAACCAAAGCCGAUUUUCUGUGAAUUUGAUUGGGAGUUAGAUGAGCUUGAGGAAUUCACGGACAAGCUAAUCCAGGAAGAGGAAUUGUCUGAAGAUCAAAAGGAUGCCUUCAAGGAAUUUGUUAAAGAGAGAGUUCGAGAAGCGAAGAAAGCUAAUCGAGAGGCAAGGGAAGCCCGGAAAAAAGCCCUUGAAGAGAUGAGUGAAGAUACUAAAGCAGCAUUUGAGAAUAUGAGGUUUUACAAGUUCUACCCUGUUCAAACACCAGAUACACCUGAUAUAUCAAAUGUUAAGGCUCCUUUCAUAAACAGGUAUUAUGGAAAGGCUCACGAGAUUCUGUGAAUAAUCUCGAAGACCACGAAGGCACUACCCGUAUGGUUGAGACGUGAUUGAGUAUGCCAUCAUUGCUAAAGCAGUUAAGAUGCCAAAGAAUUUUGUUCAUUUCGCUGAUAUGUAGGAGGCAAGCCCCUGUUGCCUCAUCGCAUGGUUUCUUGAUUAGAGUGUAGGUGUCUCCGGAAAGAGAUGUAAACUACUAGUUUUUCAGAAUUUUUAGACAAACCAUCCAGGUAAUCUUCUCAACGGAGAGGAAACAAAGGAGGAAAUUGUAAGAUAUGAUCUUGAGGCCUUUCAAAUUAUUUAAAUGAAUUCUUCAAGCAUCUCCCGAGUUAAAGACUUAUGACCAUCGGUGUCUCAAGUUGUGGUUUUCCCGUUUGUCCCAGUAAUUUUUGUUAUCAUUACACUGACACUAGUUUUGUAUUACCAAUUUCAAAUCUUGCAAACAAUUAUGAAUGUUGAGUUAGUUCA